UCUUGUUGCACACUACCGGCUCUAGAUCAUGGGCUUCAGUCAUUGUUCCCAGGCUCUAGAGCACAGGCUCACUAGUUGUGGUGCAUGGGCUUAGUUGCUCUGGGGGCCUGUGGGAUCUUUCUAGACCAGGGAUCAAUCAAACCUGCGUCUCUUGCACUGGCAUGUGGGUUCUUUACCACUGAGCUUUGAGUGCAGCCCACCACUUUUGUGAGACUAUUUUCAAAUGUUUAUAUAAGUGGAAUGAUUAUUGGGUCCUUGCCCUAUGUUAUAUCAUCUAUCUUAUCAUGCAAGUUUUUUGUGUUUUUGUAGCAUCAUGUACUUUUGUGUUUUUUAAAUUUAUAGUCCCAGGUAUCAUGUCAUUGCAUACAUCUUAGAAUGCAUUUGUAAACUAAGAGAGCCCUUAAUGUAACUCCAAUAACUUUAUUGCACAUGAAAGUAUUCUAAAUAUUGCUGCAUGUUAGCCCAACAGGGGACACAGUGGGACAGAGUUUGAAUGCUGACCACCCUUCCAUUGCGGCUGGAUCUACAAACUCAUGUACCAGGGCACAAAGAGGGAUGAGAUAUGAGAUCUUGUUGGAAGAUACAGUGGGAAUUUCAGACCCAGCACAGCAGGUUUGGCCAGAGAAACACACAAACACUCUAGAGAGAUGUUGGGACAGGCGUGUGAGAUGGAUGCCCAAAGUUCUGGGCUUGUUACAAUAUGGGUGAAAGAUUGAGUUCAGUGUUACAGUAAAGACAGCUGAGAAUUUAUACUCAAGAAGAAAUGUUAGGGGACAGUGGAUGGAAAAACACUGGCAUGAAACACCAUAAGGGCUGUUCUUUGCAAGCUGACUUAAGACUCUUGCCAUAGAAAUCAGAUAAGCGUAGGAAACAGGUGUUUGACUAGAUAUCAAUGUGGGAGUUAUACUUGCUAAGUUGCUUUAUCUCUUGUUAGGCUUCAUCAAGCCUGUUAGAUACCAACUUUCUGCAUUCCCAUUCAGGGUAUUGUAGACUUUUUUCUUAAAUGACUUCAACACUUCAAGCUGCAUACAUUUCAAGAGCAAUAGGAUAAUGUAUGUUUACUUCCAGUUACCAACGGAUGUCAAGUAGGGUUGGUUUCAAGGAGUCUGAGAUUAUGUCUAUAACACUUAAGUGAUCAGUAGCAUUAAAUAAUUAAAAGUAAAGCAUUAAAGGAUAGGCUGCUCUGUAGCACCCUAUUUUCGUUCCCUCAUGGGGCCCCCAUCCUCUUUAGAAUUGUGGAACCACCCUCCUUCACCUCAGGUGAUUUCUCUGCGAUCCUCGCGGUGCCGCUGAGCUUUUUCCCUUGGGGCUUCCAGAGUGGGGCGCAAUUGCUCGAGGCUGUGGCACUACAUUACCCAGAAGAUUUUGCGCUAAAGCCACCUUCAGCCAAUGAAAAUCCAAAGGCGGUGCAUUUCUUAGAGGCGGAACAUCCGGUAGUGGGACUUCCGGUGUUUCGGUGGCUGACGUUUUGGUCGCUACUGGGACUGUGGAGCUGGUGAGAAACUCCGGAGUGUGUUGUUGGAGAGGGAGGUGAGGGACUAAGGCGAAGUUGGACGCUUUGUCCGUACUGCGCAGGGUUGCAGGCGUCGCCGUCGGCCGAGAAUAACCGUGCCGAGUCCGACUCGGUUGUUCGAGUGUUGUCGCUCCGCCCACAGGCUACUAUGGCGGCGGCUGCGCUGUCGGCUCUACAUCAGGCGCAAAUUCUCUGUAUUUGAGUAAGGUCUUGGGGCUCUUCACCUGCCAUCCUACCAGUUUUUUGGUUUGGGGACCUUGGGAACCCCAUGCUUGGGUUAUUGAGUACAGGCCUGCUCUGUGGAGGAAGUAUGGAACAUUACUCCUGGAACUCCUGUCAGUCCAUGGAAGUGCUUUGAGGUGAAGCUGAGCUGGUUUAGGGCAGUGUGACCUUUGAGGAUGUGGCCAUGUACUUCUCCUGGGAGGAAUGGUGUCUUCUUGAUGAGGCUCAGAUACAGCUAUACCUCGAUGUCAUGCUGGAGAACUUUGCACUUGUAUGCAUGCUGGGUUCUUGGCGUGGAGUCCAGGAUAAAGAGACACCAUCUGAAGAAAUCAAACCUGCAGGGGUGUUACAGUUUUGCACUCCUAGGGCAGGUUUGUCUCCUGAGAAGACCCAACCCUGUGCGAUAUGUAUCCCAGUCUUGAGAGACAUUUUGCACUUGGCUGAAGAGCAAGGAACAAAUGGGGAGCAGAAAGUAUACACAUGUGCGGCCUGUGGGAAAGAAUUCUAUUUCACUGCUAACAUUCAGCAGCACCAGAAGCAGCACGUUAGAGAGAAUCCUUUCCUAUGUAAUACUGAGAGACCCUCAUUCUUGCAGACCUGCACAGUUCACCCAGCAGGAAAUUUCUCUACCUACUUGGAGAUUGGGAAUGACUUCAUGACCAUCAUGGGAGUUCAGCCACAGGCCACUAAUACUGGGAAGAAACUGAACAACAGUAAGGAGUGUGAGGUUGUUUUUCACAGUGGAGAAAGUCAUCACAGUUUGGGAGAAGGUUCUUGGCGUGGAGUCCAGGAUAAAGAGACACCACCUGAACAGAGCAAAUCUGCAAGAGUGUCACAGUUUCGCACUCCCAGGGCAUGUUUGUCGCCUGAGAAGACUCAACCUUGUAAGAUGUGCAUCCCAGUCUUGAGAGACAUUUUGCACUUGUCUGAAGAGCAAGGAACAAAUGGGGAGCAGAAAGUAUACACAUGUGUGGCCUGUGGGAAGGAAUUCUAUUUCACUGCUAACAUUCAACAGCACCAGAAGCAGUAUGUUAGAGAGAAUUCUUUCCUAUGUAAUACUGAGAGACCCUCGUUCUUGCAGACCUGCACAGUUCACCCAGCAGGAAAUUUCUCUACCAACUUGGAGAUUGGGAAUGACUUCAUGGCCAUCAUGGGAGUUCAGCCACAGGCCACUAAUACUGGGAAGAAACUGAACAACAGUAAGGAGUGUGAGGUUGUUUUUCACAGUGGAGAAAGUCAUCACAGUUUGGGAGAAGGUAAGAUAGUUUCCAGCCACACAGACAUACUUGUAGAGGAUGAGAGAGUCCUCAUUAGUGAGGCAUUUUGUGAGGUAAACAAAUGUGAGAAAGCUGGCACCCAAAGAAGUAAUCUUAUUCAGCAUGUGCAAGUUCACACUGGAGAAAAGGCUUACAAAUGCAGCCAGUGUGAAAAAUUUUUUGCCUAUAAAUCCAGUUGCCUUGCACAUCACAGAGUUCACACUGGAGAAAGGCCUUAUGAGUGCCCUGAAUGUGGGAAAUCUCUUGCUAAUAGGUCGACCCUCUCUUACCACCUGAGACUUCACACUGGAGAAAAGCCUUAUAAGUGCAGUGAAUGUGGGAAAUCUUUUCCUGCUAGGUCAAGCCUUUGUCAUCAUCAGAGAGUUCACACUGGAGAAAAGCCUUGUGAGUGCAGUGAAUGUGGUAAAUUGUUUAGCCGGAAUGAGCAUCUCAGAGACCAUAAGAACAUUCACUCUGGAGAAAAGCCUUUUGUGUGCAAUAAAUGUGAGAAAUCUUUCACUAGUAGCUCCAGUCUUCGUCAUCAUCGGAGAGUUCACACUGAAGAAAGGUCUUAUGAGUGCAAUAAAUGUUGGAAAUCUUUUACCAGUAGGUCCGGCCUUCGCUAUCAUCAGAGAGUUCACACUGGAGAAAGGCCUUAUGAGUGCAGUGAAUGUGCAAAAUCAUUCACAACUCAGUCAACCCUUUCUAAUCAUCAGAGAAUUCACAGUGGAGAAAGACCUUUUAAGUGCAGUGCAUGUGGCAAGUUUUUUAGCCAAAAGGUACAUCUUAGUGCCCAUAUGAAUGUUCAUACUGGAGAAAAGCCUUAUGAGUGCAAUAAAUGUGGGAAAUCUUUUACAAGUAGGUCAAAACUUUGUACUCAUUGGAAAGUUCACAUUGGAGAAAGGCCUUUUAAGUGCAGUGAAUGUGGGAAAUGUUUUACUAGUACCUCAAGCCUUCUUUGUCAUCAGAGAGUGCACAAUGGAGAAAACCCAUAUGAGUGCAGUGAUUGUGGAAAAUCUUUUGUUGGGUCGAGUAGCCUCCGGUAUCAUCAGAGAGUUCACAAUGGAGAAAAACCUUAUGAGUGCAGUGAAUGUGGGAAAAAUUUUACUGCUCUGUGGACCCUUCGUGAUCAUCAAAGAGUUCACACUGGAGAAAGGCCUUAUAAGUGCAGUGAAUGUGGGAAGUAUUUUUCUAAUAGCUCGAGCCUUCUUCGUCAUCAUAGAGUUCACACUGGAGAAAGACCUUAUAAGUGCACUGAAUGUGGCCGAUCUUUUACUACUCAAACACAUCUCUAUGAUCAUCACAGAGUUCACACUGGAAAAGGCCUAUGAGUGCAGUGAAUGUGGGAAAACUGUUCAGCAAAAACAGUGCUUCUUUAUCCAUUGGAAAGUUCAUACUAGAGAAAAGCCUUGCGAGUGCCAGGAAUAUGUUAAAUCUUUCACCCGAAGGUGCUGCAUUAUUAAAUAUCAGCGAGAUCACACUGGAGAAAUGGCUUUAUGAAUAUUGCAAAUAUUUCUGGCAGUGAUGCUGAAGAAGUUUGAGGUGGUAACAGUGGGAAGAACCUCUGGAGCAAAUGGACCCUUUUUAGAGAGGAAACUGAGGCCUAGAGAUGCUGAAUCACCUGUUUGUGAUCUCCUUAGGAUGGACAGGGAUCUGGGAUUUCAUGCCAGGUUGCCUGGUAUAGUUUCUGGUGAGUCCGCUCACCGUUCACCCCAGGUUUGGGGACUUGAAGAACAUCUUGUCCAUCCUUACCCUUCUGCCACCCUGCUACACACACACACAGUGCACCACCCCAUGAGCCCUGCUUAUACCCCAGCCUCAUGCUGAUUGCAGAGGAUUAUGUUUUCUCUGGAAUCAGCAUUGAUUACUUUUCUGUGGAUGACUCCAUUUAUCUACCCAUCUGAACCAAUGCUGUGAUUCAGUUUUUAUCAUUGUCUUUUGAGAAGGAAGGGCUGCCCAGCUCUGAGAGGCAGGGGGACUUCCAGAGGAGCUCACUACCGCCACACCUUUCAUGAGAGUGGUUACACUGCACAUGUCCACUGGCUUCUCUUCCCCUCAGAGCAGGCACUCCAUCCAUUUCCUAUGUUCUGACCAUGAGUUAGGCACACCUGAAGCGUGCAUUGACAUCAGGGGCCCCAGCUUCAUUUCCACCCUUGCACAUACCCUACUAACACCAUCCCGCUUUGGAAGUUCUCCAAGACAGCAGCAGUAAGCCAGGGCCUCUGGACUGCCUCGUUGUUAUUUCCCCGGGUUUGACACUGACUUCACCGCUAUAUGCAGUGAUUGGUUUCCAGGGUCCUGUCCAUCUUCUUUAUAUACCCACCUUAAGAUGUCCCUGUUGCCCUGUUUUAUGGUUGACGUGCUCACUGUUUUGGGCAGUGUGAGGUACACUGAAGGCCUUCCAGUGUGGCCCUCAUAUGGCAUGGUCUCCAAGGCUCUUUUCCUUUACCCCUCUAACCAUCACCUCUCUUCUCCCACUCCUCCAGAGAAAUGUAACUCAUGAUUAUAUGUAAGAACUUGUCCUCCCUCCCUGGGUGCACACUUGAUCAACCUAGCUUAAAAGCUAACACUGAAAUCAGGGUUGACUCUUCCCAUGAAGACUAAAACCUCUGUAUAAAAACAUCAUUAUGAUUUAAUUGCAUUUUUCUCAGGAAUUUUUUCUUGAUUGUGCCAUGUGUCUAUGGAAUCCCCCUGUCCAGAAAUCUAAACUGUGUCCCGUGAUGUGGACGUGUGGAAUCCUCACCACUAGACUGCUGGCAAAUUCCCUACUCAGGGUUCUUGAUGAUCAGUUUUUGUUUUUCAUGUGUCUGUUUUUCACCUGUGUGUUCUGUUUGGUAAACUUUCUAUUCAUAUUUUUGCGCAUCUUUGUCUUCUGAGAUUUGGCUAUUUUAUCUUAUUUGACAAGAAGGAAAGGAAAGAAACAACAAAAAUAACUGUUAAAUUUCACCAAUAAUAUGAGUGACUUUUUUCCUGCAUGGAAUUCUAGUUCAGAAUAUUGGAAGUUUAUGUUCUCAAUGUUUAAACUAUUUGUAAUGUAAUUGCCACAUACAUCAUAUAUGUUUUUGAUAAGUCUGCUUUAUUAACAUAUAUUACCUAUUCUUAAGUUAAGACAUUUAAUUACACUGUAAUUAAAUCAAGCCCUGUUUCACAGUGUUUGCUAAUUUCUCUGGUGUAAAUGUUCAUACAAUUACCAGUGUCAAAUUGUGAACAUAAUGUCACUGAAAUGGAGUUGGGAAGCACUGCCAGUAGCCCACCAUUGUAUGGUUUUUCCCCCUUACAGGCCCAGUAGCCACAAAAUAUUUUAGGAAUGUAGCCAGUAAACCAUAGUAAAAUGAUUAUGGAUAGUUUUUACUAAAUUGUUUUUUAAAUAGUUUACUGAAUGUAUAUUUGAUUUAAGUUUUACAUAUUUAGAAUGUACAUUGAGACAUACUUGUGUACAUCCUUCAAACCAGUUUCCUUCUGCCAUUUAAAAUUUAUCUUCAACAUUGGGGGGUGGGGAAAAAAAAUAAAAUAAAAUUUAUCUUCAACAUUGUAAUCACUGGUGCAAGAGUAUAUUCUAGUUUAGUAAUGACUAUUUUCAAAUAUAUGUACAGAUGGAAUGACUGUGUUGGACCCUUCCUGUAUCUUAUAUCAUUUAUCCUAUUAAUACACAUUUUUUUGUGUUUGUG